GAUCUACUUCAGCAGACAGCAUCAGUUGACAACCCUCCAUUCUCUAAAGAUGACAUUUGCCAGAAUUCUUGCUCAUGGCUUUUAGCUCCAGCAACACUUCCUCAGCUCUUAAAGAAUGUUCUCCAUGAAGGAAGUGGCAAAGUGUGAGCCAGGGAUAUUAGGCAGUUUAUUGACAUAUCAUGAACUAUUGGAAGAUAGACCAGCGUCUCUGCAGCCCGUUGGCAUCAGAUUCAUGCAAGACCUGGAAUGGCCAGUCAACAAGCAGAAGUUCAGAGUUUGAAACUAGAUAAUGAUUCGGUUAUAGAAGGAGUAAGUGACCAGGUACUGGUGGCUGUUGUGCUCAGUUUCACUCUCAUUGCUGCUCUGGUGUAUAUGCUUUUAAGAAAUGAGCACCAGAACAUUCAUCCAGACAACCAAGAGCUAGUGAGGGCACUUCGGCAGCAGCUUCAGACAGACCAGGAUGCAUCGGCUGGUGAUAGACAUCGUUUCUAUACUGACAUGUCCUGUCCAGUCUGUUUACAGCAGGCUACGUUUCCCAUUGAAACAAACUGUGGACAUCUUUUCUGUGGUGCCUGCAUUAUUGCGUACUGGAGGUAUGGCUCGUGGCUCGGUGCUAUCCGUUGCCCAAUCUGCAGACAAAGGGUAACAUUGUUUUUACCACUCUUUGGUGAAGAUCAGCAGGAUGCAGCACAAGUGCUUCAAGAUGUUAAUGAUUACAACCGGAGAUUCUCAGGACAGCCCAGAUCUAUUAUGGAAAGAAUUAUGGAUUUACCCACUUUACUGCGGCAUGCUUUCAGGGAGAUGUUUACUGUAGGGGGCCUUUUCUGGAUGUUCCGUCUGAGAAUAUUCCUCUGCCUGCUAGGAGCUCUGCUCUAUCUGGCUUCACCUCUGGAUUUUCUUCCUGAAGCCCUCUUUGGAAUUCUGGGAUUUUUAGAUGAUUUCUUUGUCAUCUUUCUGCUGCUAAUAUACAUCUCUAUCAUGUACCGAGAAGUGAUAACGCAGAGACUGAAUAGAUAAUCAGUGGAAACAACCAUGACUCAGACGUUUAUGUAGAAAGCUGAACAAAGGGACCCAUGACACAGUAUGACGUAGUAAAGCACCUGUAUAAACUUUCAGUUUUUGCAAUUUAAUAGCUUGUAGUCAAUUAUUUUAUGCAAAUGUGAGGGGUUAAAAUGUGGUGAUGCUUAACUGGAAUUUUUAAUUUGUGUGUUACAUACGCUUAAAUAUUGAAGAGGUUAGAUUUAUGAUGUGAUAAAUUACCUACAUUUGCUUACGCCCAAUGAGCAAUUGUAUGUAAUGCAAGAUAAUGCUAGUUAUAAAACACCUCUUCGUGUGUGGUUUGUGAAAGGGAAGUUCUAUUUAAGUGAUGUCAGGACGUCAAACAAAAAAAGAAUUCAGAUUAGCUUGACGCGUUAAGAUACUUCAAUAUAUAGUUUAUCAAACAGCUUAAUUCUCACUGUGGUAGGUCUGAGUAUUUUUAAAUAACAAUAGUUUUUCAUAUCUGCCUAUGCAAGAAGAAACCCAAAGACAGCAUUACAGUUAACACAGUGAAUUUUACUGCUGUGCACAAUUCAUAUUGCACAAAUAGAGGAAAAAACACUUCAGUAUUGCUUUAACUGCACUAUGUAUAAUGAUAUAUAUUUCCAACUAUUUUACUUUUCAGUUUUGGGAAAAAAGGCUUUCCAUUAGGGUCAAGAUGAAGAAACCAGGAAUAGUCAACACUUGGGUGACCAGCACUGAGUAAUGUUUUUUCACGUAGGUUUUGUGUACAUAGCAGUAUUUGAACGUCGGGUAAGUUGCACUGUUGUAAGCCCUACUUUAUGUACCCGUGCAACACAUUUAAACAGGGUUUGCAUCAGUGCAGCUACAUCAAAGUAAUUUACCACUGCAAAAAAAACCCUUAGGUUUUCAGUAGCAAUUUGUUUAAAAGUGGAAAUCCAAAGUGUAUGUCAUAACUGGAUAAUUUUUACACUUAAAAUUUUACCUGAAUAUGGAUGGUAAUUCAAGUAUUUAGAUGAAAGCAGUAACUAUUCUUUCUCACAAGUUUGUACCAUUAAGUUUAAGACAAAACAAAACAGUAGCAUGGGGCCAUAAAAAUCUGUACAAUUUUUUUUUUACCCCAAAUGUUUGGAAUUUGUGAGUAUUUUUAACACCGGAUAUCACAAGCUACAAGGUGAAUUGUUUGAAAAUAUUUUCAUUGUAUGAAAUUAGUGCUGCUAGAAAACUCAAAAUCCUCAAGCCAUUCUGUGGGAAUUCAGUACUUUCUAGCUGGAGGAAAGAAAUAUUUUUGAAGCAAAAUAGCAAACAUUCUAACUUUCUGAAUACUUGAAAAUAAAAUUAAUAGAAAAAGC